AUCUGGCAAGACAGCGGGCGCCGAGUCAUCUGGCAAGACAGUAGGCGCCGAGUCAUCUGGCAAGACAGCGGGCAUCGAGUCAUCUGGCAAGACAGCGGGCACCGGGUCAUCUGGCUCGACAGCGGGUACCGGGUCAUCUGGUUCGACAGCGGGCACCGGGUCAUCUGGCAACAGGUCAUCUGGCUCGAUCAGUUCAACAGGCUGGGUAGGAACAUCAGGCUGGGUAGAACCAUCAGGCUGGGUAGCGUACACUGGGUCAUCAGGCAUCAGGGUAUCAGGCUGAAUUGCAGGUGCCGGGGCACCAGG